AGUAAAGCUGAAUCAACUUAAUUGGAUCAGCUUCUUCAGCUAGGAUAUUAUGCCGAGAAGAAAAGUAGUGAAAUGUUUCGUUGUGUUUUGUGUAGUGAGAUCCCUAGCCUGCAGCUUAGCUAGCUAACUGUGCAGUUAAGGAGAUAUAUCAACUCUCAGGUGCCGCUGCUGCUGCUGCUGCUACUGCGGGCAUGGACGUGGAAUGUAGCGCUCGAGAACGAGGAGAGAAGCAGACUCACCUUCACAGCUAAAUAUCUUUAAAAGUCGAAGAUUAUGGAUUCAAGACAAUCGGUUCGCAAUCUGACUGAAACAAUUUAUUCCCUGUUAGACUCAACAACAAAUCUUACCCCCAGCUGGGCAGAUUCAGUUUGUGAGAUAGUAAAAAGCUUACCCCCUAAAAAAGAGCAGUCUGGUGACUCAAAUAUAGAAAACCAUGCAACAAUAGAUUCAUUUGAUAACAGUUUUGCAGAGACUGAAGAUGAACUGGCUGCCUUGACUUCACGCAUAAACCAGUUGAACAUACAGAGAAGGCAAGUCCUAAAUGAUUUUCUGGACUUGAAAGGGAAUAUUCGUGUAUAUUGUCGUGUAAGACCGAUCACACUAGGGAAGAGUUUCAGUCAAUUAAGUAUGGUAAAAGCAUUGGAUUCAAGUAAUGUGCUGCUGACACUCGCUGAGAAUAAGAGUAAAAUUUACAACUUUGACAAGGUUUUCAACCCUGAUUCAUCACAAGAUGAAGUAUUUUCAGAGAUCGAGCCAGUCAUCAAAUCUGCCAUCGACGGCUACAAUGCAUGCAUCUUUGCAUAUGGACAGACUGGCACAGGGAAAACAUUCACAAUGGAAGGUACCGCAGACAAUCCAGGUGUAGUGCACCGCACACUUGAGGCUCUGUUUAAACAGGCAGACGAUAGCAACCAGGCUUUUCUCUUCAGUUUCAGUAUGCUUGAGAUUUACUUGGGAAAUCUCAAAGAUUUGCUCGUCCCUCCAUCAACAAGUGCCACAGAUCCUCUGCCAUCACCGCUUGCAAUCCAAACACGUCCAAAAGGAGGGGUUGAGAUUGACAACCUUGUCACCAUCCAAGUGAGCGACUUCAAGCAAGCUUUAAGGCUCUAUAAAUUAGGAUGCCGGUUCAGAUCAACUGCUUCUACAAAUUCUAAUAUUCGUUCAAGCAGAUCUCACUGCAUGAUUCGCAUAGCAAUGACUUGCUUUGAUGCUCCUGAGAGGCAAAGAGAAACAAACAAGAUAUGGAUGGUUGACCUUGGUGGAAGUGAGCGUCUGUUAAAGACAAAGGCCCGGGGUAGAAGAUUUGAAGAAGGAAAAGCCAUCAACCUGUCAUUAUCAGCCCUAGGAGACGUCAUCAAUGCUCUCCAAAGGAAAGCACGCCACAUACCAUACAGGAAUAGCAAGCUCACACAAAUUCUUAAGGAUUCCCUCGGAGAGGACUCAAAAACAUUAAUGCUGGUCCACAUCAGUCCCAAAGAAGAAGAUCUGUGUGAAACAGUGUGUUCUUUAAAUUUUGCAAUACGCGUGAGAAGCAUUCACCUAGCAUGUGAGGAACCAACUGAAGUCAGAUACAACAAGGCAGUUGCUAUGACUACUCUGCAGCAGAAGCUGAAACACAUUGAAGAUGAACGCCAUGACAUUAGAAGAAAAGUCGAGACAUUGAAUAAGAGAUUAGAGAAUCUUACUAGGGUACCACCAUCUUCAUGUCAACCAGUGGAUGCUUUCCAUUUAUCUACUGAAGUGCCGCAAUAUAGCAUAGAAAAAAUGAAUAACAGGAAUGGGAAUGUUAAGGCAUCAUCAUUAUCAUCACCACAACCACCAAGAUUUAUGAGGCCAACUAUUUGCAGUAGAAAAAAAUCUAACACCACUCCAGAAGACCGAUUUCUUGUCCAUGAAAGGAAGAGUAGGACAUUAUCUCAUCAUGCGAGGUCUGAGACUAUUCCAGUAAGGAAUAUUUCAGAAUACAACUCAGAGUGCGGUAUUUCCAGAACUAGCUGUUUGAGAGAUCUUCACAUGAAAUACAUGGCUGAUAAUGAAACAGAAUGCAGCCUAGAAACAUCUGUUUGUGACAUCAAAACUGUUGUUUUCCCAGAAGAGGAAAUAUCACCAAGAAGUUCAGGUCAUCAAAAGUCUUGCCUCAGUUGCAGCAAGGGAAAUGGGAGCAAAAGGAUCAAUGAAGUUAAAGCUAUAAAAUUCAUGAAAGUGGACAAUUGGCUUCAUUCGCAUAAGGGUGAACCCAGUGCCAGUGGUUACACUCAUAGGAGUAAACAAGAACUUUCUAUUCCCACCACAGAGCUUAAUCAUGUGUGUAAAUGGAGUAAAGCAGAAACAUUACAUGACAAGGAAGUGCAUAAUCAUAAAUUUACAAAGAAAAAGGCUGUCAACCAUGAUAAAGUUGAGAAAAAAUUUGAAGAGUGCGUAAAUGGAAGGUCCAUGUCAGAAAUGAUGACCAAAGGAACACCUGCACUGUCAAGGAAUUUAUUUGAUAAAGAGUCUAGAUGUACUUCCACCCCCCCUCAUAUAAUUCAUGGCAAGAUAAUGAUACAAACACAAUGUUUAGUAGAGAACUUGCUUAUAGAGGACAACAAAAGGAGCAUCUUUUUGCCACUUCACAUGUGGUAUGAUAGUUUUAGUGAAAAAGAUCAAUAUGGAGUACAUGGAAUGUCAACUGUGGAGGUGAUAGCAAAUGAGACACACAGUUCAUUCAACAAAAAUGGAUCUGACCAUUUUACUCCAUUUGAUAAUGAUAAUACUAUUGAUGACCUAAGAGAAAAUUCUGGCUUCUACAUCCCAAUUUCUGAACAAGAAUUACACCAUCAACAAGUGCCAAUUGAAAUGGCAAUGGAAGACAAAGAAAAUGGAGACUUGCAUGACUCUUGCCAACAGUUACAGAAAGGAAUGAUACCUAGCCGAAACGAAAUGAGAUCUCGUAAAGUUUUAUUUAUGGACAAUGCAAAUCAAAAGGAUCUUACCAUGUUUCUUCCCAAAGAACAAAGGAAUACACAGAAACGAGGUGAGAAUUCUGAACUCAACUCUUAA